UGGAGGAAGGGAGAGAGAAAGAGAGAGUUUUUCACAAGUAAGCUGCUAGCAGUCUGCCGGGGGAGAGCAUCGGAGGAGCCAGCGAGCAGGUUGUGCAGCCUGGGAUUGUGGGAUCUAAAUAAACGCUCAAAGGGGACCAGGAGAAGGGACCACGCUGUGUGUGGAGAAGAUUCACAGUUUCGUUUUCCGUCAGUAACAUCCCCGAGCAACCGUCGCCAUGGCAGCUGAGAAAGCUGAAAUAGAUGCACUGAAAAAGGAGUGCGAUGGCCUCCGUACAAAGAUUGAGGCUGCCCGGAAGGCUGUGAAUGACGGCAGCAUGUCAGCAGCAGCAGGCGGUGUGGCCUCAGUGGGCCGGGUCCAGCUGAAGAACAGGAAGACACUCAAAGGUCACCUGGCUAAAAUCUAUGCCAUGCACUGGGCAGCUGACUCCAGACAAAUGGUCAGUGCAUCACAGGAUGGCAAGCUUCUCAUCUGGGACUGCUUCACAGGCAACAAGUUGGUUGCUGUCCCACUAAAGUCCGCUUGGGUGAUGAGCGUCGCCUUCGCCCCCUCUGGUAACCUGGUGGCUAGCGGCGGUCUGGAUAACAUGUGCACAGUGUACAACAUCAAGGCUGCCAGCCCCAAGACCCUCAGGGAGCUGGACGCACACACAGGUUACCUGUCCUGCUGCCGUUUCCUUAGCGACUCUGAGAUCCUGACAGCUUCUGGUGACACCACCUGCUGCCUGUGGGACCUGGAGACUGGAAAGCAGAAGACCGUCUUCACCAAUCACAUUGGCGACUGCAUGUCUCUGGCUCUCUCCCCUGACCAGAACACCUUCAUCUCUGGAGCCUGUGACUCUCUGGCCAAGCUGUGGGACCUUAGGGAAGGGACCUGCAAGCAGACCUUCUCUGGACACACCAGCGACAUCAACGCCAUCGCUUUCUUCCCCAACGGACAUACCAUCGUCACAGGCUCCGACGACUGCAGCUGCAAGAUGUACGACCUGCGCUCCGACCAGGAGGUGAUUGGAUACCAGGACAGCAGCCUGAACGCCGGCGUCACGUCUGUGGCUCUCUCCAACUCAGGCCGCCUUAUCUUUGCUGGCUACGAUGACUUUAACUGCCACAUCUGGGACACACUGAAGGGAGAGAAAGUCGGUGUGCUCUCCGGCCAUGACAACAGGGUGAGCUGCACCGGCGUCCCCGAGGAUGGCAUGGGCGUCUGCACAGGAUCCUGGGACAGCUUCCUCAAACUGUGGAACUGAUGCGUUCCCGCGGAGGAAAACACCGGGAGAGGGAGAACAAGAGGAGGAGGUGGUGGUGGUGGAGAAGAGGAAGAGGUGGAAAGGGGGAGAAAAAGGGUGAAGAUAGAGAGGAAAAUAAACUAGGAGACGAGUGAGGUUGGAGGAUAUUUGAGCACAGAUCUUCGUCUCUUUCUCUCUCCCUCUCUUCUUCUUCCUCAUCCACGUAUGCAAAACAUGAGCGGCUGCGAAUGAGUCGAGUUGUAUAAAUGGCAUCAGGUAUAAACAGUGCACGAUGCAUCCCGCUGCACGUACAAGAGAGUUUUAUUGUUGUCGAGACGAUUUAAACACUGAAAAAAAUAAAAAACAUAGCACAUUAUUCAAAAAUGAAGAAGCAGAAGAUAAGCGCUUACUGAGAAAUGUCAAUUAAACACAUUUAGAUCUUUGACAAUAAAGAAAAGCAGAAAGAUCAGGUGAAUAUUGAAAAUAAGACUUUAGGCUUACAGAUUUAUUUUUAUUGUAUUUGACUUGUAAAAGAGCCCUGCACUUAUCUAGAAGAAAAAAAAACUGAUGUGUAAAUUUAUUUAUAUUUUAUAGUUUAACACAUUAGGAUGGAGAGUUGAUGUACAGUGUCUUUUAUUGUUCUUUCUUUUUCGGGCGGGUUCAGGGGCCGCACAUGUUCAGAGUACAUAUGUGCAUGGUAGAGCUGGCUGCUGCUGCCGCUUCCUCUCCAUCCCCGGCCCCUUCAUCUCAGCGUGAAAAUUCAAUGAGGUUCCCAGACAAAUGAAGACAAAUGCUGUGAGACUGUGGUCUGAUCUGUGAAACACUCUGUAAAGACCUGUAAACUUUAUUUUACUCCCCUGGGUUCAGCUGCAUUUUGUAGUGCUUUUACACUUGUGCAGUUCCUCUGUAAAAAGACGAAACUUUUGUUGAACAUCUUUCUAAUAAACAUAGAUAAACAUUCUGC